AUGAAGCUUGCAGCCCCGGUCUUGCAGAAGCGGAAGAGCCAUUACGAGGAGGAGGUCCGGGCCGCAAACCUUGCCGAGGAGCGGCUGACGGACGCAAUGUAUUUCCGGAAGAUGGACAGGAUGCACCAGAGCCGCGGCAACUUGUAUUGUGCGCUGCUGGGCCUGGCGCUACGGCGUGGGGUCGCCAAGGGCCUCCUGGGGCGUGCCCUGUGGCUCGCAGUCGGCGCCGUGGCCCUGCUCGGCGGCGACAUCCCGCUGUGCAGGGCCCACUACGCCCCGCACUUCUGCGAGCAGUUCUGCGAGCAGGCGCGCGCGCUGGCCGAGGAGCGGCUUGCGACGAUCCGGCGUGUGCGGGACUGGCACCCCCUCGGGCGCGUAGCGGCCGAGGUCUUCGACGACACCCGCGGAAAGAGCGAGGGGGCCAGGAGGGAGAGGAAGGGGAGGGAGAAGCGGAGCUACGACCAGGCGUUUCUUCAGGCAGUCCGCAUCCUCAGUGUGCCCGUCAGCGUCAUCCGCAGAUCGGACGCGAGCAACAUGCUGGUGAACUGCUUCUGCGUCGCCCUCGGCGGCCUGCUGGUUGUGGUCGCGUUCUCGGCCUUCUCGGAGGCGCUGUCGGACUCGGGGAUGGUGCCCGCGGAGGAGGGCGAGCCUCCCACCGUGCCGGGCGUGCCCGCGGUCAACAGGAAGGCCGACUGA